AUGCCAAGCCUGGUGAACUGGAAGCGUUUGAUUCGAUACAGGUCCACAGAUGGACAAGUCAAGUACGGCGAACCUAUCCUUCCAACAGGAACCAGCGAUGUCCUACAGUUUGCAAGAGAUGGCAGUCUUAAAGUGAACAUCUGCACUGGCGAUACGGCACUUUCAGCGUCAGUCACCUCAGACACUGAGAAGGUUGCAGAAGUCCUUUGCCCAUUGAGUGUUCAGGAAGUGCCAUUCAUUCGAUGCGUCGGCCUCAACUACAGGACGCACAUUCUGGAGACAGGUCGUUCGCUGCCAGAAAAUCCAUCGAUAUUUUGCAAGCCUUCCACAACACUUGCCGGGCCCAACGAAGACAUUCCGAUUCCUCCACGAGGUCAAGCGCAAUGCGAUUAUGAAGGAGAGCUCACCAUUCUCAUCGGGCGUGAUGCGAAGAACGUGUCCAAAGCCGACGCUCUUUCCUAUGUUGCCGGAUACCUGUCGUCAAACGAUGUCUCCGCCAGAGACUGGCAGCGAGAGCCAGAGAAAGCCGGACCUGUUCCCCAGUGGUCAUACAGCAAGUCUUAUGACAAAUACGCACCGAUGGGACCUUGCAUUGUUUCCACAGAAGUUUUGGGAGCCGCUGAUAACCUCAAGCUAGAGACGAGAGUGAACGGCGAAACAAGGCAAAGCUCCAACACAGGUGAUCUUGUGUUCGGCGUCAGGGCGCUUGUGAGUUUUCUCAGUCAAGGACAAACAAUUCAGGCUGGCUCUCUGAUCAUGACUGGUACGCCUGGAGGAGUUGGUCUGUUCCAGAAGCCCCCCAACUUUUUGAAGCAUGGAGACGUGGUCGAAGUUGAGAUCAGCGGUAUCGGCAAGGUCGAAAACAAGAUGACUUUCGAAUAG